UUUCUCUUCGGGCCCCGUCUCGAUUUAUUAUUGCGCAUCACGCAGCCUCCCCCUCCUGGCGCUUUCCCGCGCGAAAAGGGGUGGGGCGGCGCCCUUAAAGCCGAAAAGAGGGAGAAAAGCCGGAGCGUCUGCAGUUUGGACGCCUGCGCGCGCCUGCUCUUUGCCGCGGUGCACGCCGGGAUACGGAGCCGCGCUCUGUAAGGCCAGGCUGGAGGAGUCAAGAUGGACGCAGGCUUCUUCCGCGGUACAAGUGCAGAACAGGAUAAUCGCUUCAGCAACAAACAGAAGAAGCUGCUAAAGCAACUGAAAUUUGCAGAAUGCCUUGAAAAGAAAGUUGACAUGAGCAAGGUAAACCUGGAAGUAAUCAAGCCAUGGAUAACAAAGAGAGUAACAGAAAUCCUUGGAUUUGAAGAUGAUGUAGUAAUUGAAUUUAUAUUCAAUCAGCUGGAAGUGAAGAAUCCUGAUUCCAAAAUGAUGCAAAUCAACUUGACUGGAUUUUUGAAUGGGAAAAACGCGCGAGAAUUCAUGGGAGAACUAUGGCCGCUGCUGUUAAGUGCUCAAGAAAACAUUGCUGGUAUUCCAUCUGCUUUUUUGGAGCUGAAGAAAGAAGAAAUAAAACAAAGACAGAUUGAACAGGAAAAAUUGGCUUCAAUGAAGAAACAAGAUGAAGACAAGGAUAAGCGAGACAAAGAAGAUAAAGAGAACAGAGAAAAGCGGGACCGCUCUCGGAGUCCCAGAAGACGCAAAUCAAGAUCUCCUUCCCCUAGAAGACGUUCAUCUCCUGUUAGGAAAGAGAGGAAACAUAGCCAUUCUCGAUCACCCCACCACACAGCCAAAAGUCGCAGUGUUACACCUCCACCAGUAAAAAAAGAAGAGACACCUGAACCAGAACCUUCCAUGAAAGUAAAAGAAACAUUGAUCCAGGAGGCCACAUCUACCAGUGAUAUCUUGAAAGUCCCUAAAAUUGACCCUAUGCCAGAUACUAAGGAAAUAUCUCCAGAAAGAGUUUCCAAAAAAGAAAGGGAAAAAGAAAAAGAGAAGGCUCGUCCAAGAUCUCCAUCUCGAUCUAGGUCAAGAUCAAAGUCUCGAUCACGUUCCCCAUCUCAUUCAAGACCAAGAAGACGUCAUAGAUCACGAUCUAGGUCUUAUUCACCAAGGAGGCGGCCUAGCCCAAGGAGGCGCCCAUCUCCUCGGAGAAGAACCCCACCAAGACGUAUUCCACCUCCACCUAGGCAUAGAAGAAGCAGAUCUCCUGUGAGGCGGAGGAGAAGAUCAUCAGCAUCAUUAUCAGGAAGUAGUUCAUCCUCAUCGUCUUCACGUUCUCGAUCACCACCAAAGAAACCGCCUAAGAGAGUGGUCUCCAGCCCUCCUCGGAAAACAAGAAGGCUUUCUCCUUCUGCAAGCCCCCCAAGACGAAGACACCGACCAUCCCCACCUCCAAGUCCUCCCCCCAAACCCCGCAGGUCACCAACACCACAGCAGUCUAAUCGUACAAGAAAAGCCCGUAGUUCUGUUUCUCCCAAUAGGACUUCAGCACCUAAACAUAAAAAUAUUGAAAAAAGAGAAUCUCCCUCACCUGCCCCAAAAACAAGAAAAGUUGAAUUGUCAGAAUCAGAAGAAGACAAAGGUGGUAAAAUGGCAGCUGCAGACUCCGUGCAGCAAAGACGACAGUACAGAAGGCAGAACCAGCAGUCUUCAUCAGAUUCUGGUUCAUCAUCAUCUUCUGAAGAGGAACGACCGAAAAAGUCAAAUGUGAAAAACGGUGAAGUGGGUAGACGACGACGGCAUUCGCAUUCUCGCAGCCCAUCUCCUUCUCCACGAAAGUGGCAAAAAGAAUCUUCUCCUCGGAUGCAGAUGGGAAAGAGGUGGCAGUCACCAAUUGUUAAAAGUAGGAGGAGGCGAAGCCCCUCCCCACCAGCAGCCAGAAGAAGACGGUCUCCUUCUCCUGCCCCCCCUCCAAGACGUCGCAGGUCACCAUCACCCCCACGAAGAAGGUCUCCUUCACCACCCCCUCGCCGGCAUUCUCCCACACCCAGAAGAUACUCUCCUCCCAUCCAGAGGCGGUAUUCUCCUUCUCCUCCUCCAAAGAGACGAACGGCAUCUCCUCCUCCCAAAAGAAGGGCUUCUCCUUCUCCGCAGCCUAAGCUCAGAGUCUCUCGCUCUCCACCACCAAAACAAAGAAGCUCUCCACCCGCAAAAAGACGUUCGCCAUCUGCAUCUUCCAAACACAGGAAAAGCUCCCCUCCAAGCAGGUCCAACCGGGAACCCCGCUCUCCACUGCAGAACAAGCGGCAUUCACCUUCACCACAGCCUAGACCUUCACGGACCUCUGCCAGCCCCCCAUUGUUGCGUAGGGGUCCUUCUUCAUCACCUCCGCGAAGGCAGUCACCAUCUCCAACCUCUAGGCCCAUCAGAAGAGUCUCAAGGACUCCAGAGCCCAAGAAGUCAAAGAAGGCUUCUCCACCAAGUCCCCAGUCUGCAAGAAGGGGUUCUUCAUCUAGGUCAGCUUCAGUGUCCCCUGAACCACCCCCCAAGAAGCAUCCAGCACCUCCCUCUCCUGCUCGAUCAGCAUCUCCUUCUGCUCACUGGUCACCAGUAGCACCUGCAAAGAAGGCUAAAAGUCCAACUCCAAGCCCAUCACCUGUACGAAAUUCUGAUCAGGAAGGAGGUGGUAAAAAGAAGAAGAAAAAGAAGGAUAAGAAGCAUAAAAAGGAUAAGAAGCACAAGAAACACAAAAAGCAUAAGAAAGAAAAGGCUGCUGUAGCUGCUGCUAUGGCUGCUUUUACAACACCUGCAGAGGAAGAUCAAGAAAAAAAUGUAGAACCCAAAAAGGAGACUGAGAGUGAAGCAGAAGAUAACCUGGAUGACUUGGAAAAACACCUGCGCGAGAAAGCUCUGAGGUCGAUGAGGAAGGCGCAGGUAUCUCCACCAUCUUAGGAUGAAGCAGCAUUUGAUUUCAUGUAAAUUUUAUUUGGUUUAUACUCAAGAUUUCAAUUUCAAAUUGCUAAAAUGUGUUUGAGCUUUAGACUUUAACAUUGGUUGUAAUAAUUGCUAGGUUAAAGUUCACCAUGUUUAUU